UCUCACUCAUCUCAUGUCAGAUUUAUUUGCACACGUUGAUCAAAUAAAUCUGAAUUCAUUCAUAUUUGGAUGUUAUCAAUUCCAUGCACACUGAACAUCAACUAUUUGAGUAACAUCUCCCCAGAAUAUACAUUGGAAUUCACUGGAACAAGUCGUCAUCAUGAAAUAUAGAUAUGUGCUAAUAUCGGAUGGAGCGAAGUCAUCUUGUAGACUGAUUCACAGGUUAAUACUGCGUCGCACGAAAUCGCUGACAGUGAGAAUACUCUGUGCGUUCCUCAUCAUACUCACCGUCGUCUCAUUGACAACAAUAGGCUAUUUCAGAAAAUAUCGAGCUCAUUUGCACUCUUUGUUGAGAGAGUAUAAUGAUGAGGAUCAGCCGAUUUGUGAAUAUGUGUUUCGUGGGAAUCUGAGUUGGAUGGAUUACUGGGUGUUGAACAGUUUCCGUCUGACGGAGAAUGGUGGUUAUGGGAAUCUGACGAAUUACCACACAUGUGAGGAGUUCAAGUUGAUCCAUCGUCAGACUGUGAAGUGUUCUGAGGAGGAGAAGGAAUUUCCACUGGCAUUCAGUUUGGCUGUUCAUGAGAACAUUCGACCGGUAUCUCGUCUUCUUCGCUUGAUAUACAGACCAAACAACUUGUACUGCAUUCACGUUGACUCGAAAUCACCACAGGUAUUCUACGAUGAGGUGAUGGCACUGGCCAACUGUUUUGGUGGCAAUGUGAUUGUGGUGAACCGAUCGGAGAGUGUUGUCGUUAGAUGGGGUUACUAUUCCAUUCUCGAAGUGUUCCUUCUGUGUGCGGACAAGUUGAUGCGAAGUGAUCAAGUGAAGUGGAAAUACAUUCUGAAUGUGAGUGGACAGGAACUUCCAUUGAGAACGAAUUGGGAGUUGGUUGCUGCAUUGAAGGCGAUAAACGGUUGGAAUAUCGUUGAUAAUUCGGGUUCAAAGGAUAAUCAUGAGAGAUGGCCUAAUUGGAAUUUCUCUUUUCCAAUACACUGGAUCAAGGGGAGCUUCUACAUGGCACUCAGUCGAGAUUUUGUCAAUUUCUACCAGACGAAUUCUAAAGCUCGUGAAAUACUCAGUGUAAUGAAGGCUGAAAGACAUUUGAUGAAACAUCCAGAUGAACUUUACUUCCCAACGUUGGUGUACAAUCCUUCACUUGGUGCUCCUGGAGCCUGUGAAGAAUUCUAUCUGUCCGGUGGAUCAGAUCCACGAGCAACAUAUGUAGGUCGUUAUGUGAACUGGUUAUUUAGAAGGUGUAAGCAUGGAAAAAGCCGUCAUGGUGUGUGUCUAAUUGGAUUAUACCUUUCUCAAUUUAUACCAACUCGAAUGGAAUUCUUCGCCAAUAAAUUUCGAGAAGAAUUUCAACCAAUCGCCUACGACUGUACAGAACAUUAUGUGAUGCAGAAGAUUUUGAGAGAGAUGAGGACGAAACAACUGGAUCCAAAUUUCAAUGUGACGUUUUAUUCACAGCUUUAUUGUUCACAGUACCAUUUCAAUUGAAGAGAAUGCAGUUUGGAUCGUGAAGAGGGUAUUAUGCAUGUGAGGUCAACUUAGUAAUUUCAGAAGAGUACAGAUUGAUAUUUUCAUAUAACAUUUGAAGAUUUAUCAUACAUGUAUUUACACAUACCAGAAUAAAUGGUACUCUUAUUUC